AACGUCUUUUACCCAUAGCCUGUUAGUAAUUAAUUGCUUGUCAGCUGUGAACGAAAUAUCCGCCGAAGUGGAAUGCAAUGGACAAAAACAAAUUAAGCCACGCCUAAUAUAAAAAAAAAGUCCUAUUUCAGUGAAUAUAUGGUCAAAGACGUUCUAGUCAUGACCAUCCCUUUCUUUUUUCGAGUAUGGUGUAUUUUGGAUUGUAUUUUCAGGCCUUGUGUCUCUAGUAGAAAAAAAUAUCUACUAUGUCCCCGCUGUUUUCAAGAUGGUAGGGAGAUUUGGCUGUUGUUUCUACUAAGUCAAGUAACCAAGUAUAGAGUCCUCCCUGACUUUGAAAAAGGAAAAAUAUAUGUAAUGUUUAAAGGAUGAAAAUAUUUCUGCUGUAACAAUUACGAAAGAUUAACAAAAAUAUAUAAUAAUACAUGUUCAUAUCAAAGAAAACUCGAUUAAUUCUCCAUAACCUUCACAACAUAAAUUCAAAUGAAAUCAAGAAAUGCUUUCAGUGAAGUUUAGGCUUAGCUAUCUAAUCGAAGUCCUAAGAAUCGUAUGUUCUGUUGCAUGAACUACAGGAAUUCUAAAAAUGAAGAGAAAACUACUCUUCCUUUCCCAUGAAAUACAAGACUUUGAGGGACAGCGUUUCCAAAACUCCGCCAUAUUUUCAACUAAUGUUUAUAUGUAUUCGUAAUUUGAAAAUUAUUGUUCAAAUGACCAUCCCCGCAAAAAUAAAUAGGCGAAGUUUCGUCUUUAUCGCCAAUAAACAAAUAAAAUCAAAAUAGCAUAUAAAAACUACAAUAUACAGAAAGAAAUGUAGUUAAAUUAAUACUGUUCUGGUAAAAAAAAACGAGAGAAAUGUUAUGAUUACAAUAAUGGCGGUGUCCUUAGCAACGAACUAAUUAUAAACAUUGAAUAAGGAAUAUUUGACAUACAAUUACUUUGGUUCGCCUACGAUAAAAUGAUUUGAUGUAAAUUAAAAGGUGAAUAAAAUUGUUUCAGCUAUUGAUAUUCCUUGGAUUUCUUAAAUAACUAUAAUUACGUUUUUUGUAUAAAAGCAGCACAACUGAACAUUUUGAGUUACUUUUACGACAUAAGCUCUUGUGAAGAUAUGCUUUUGUCGAGUAAUUGAUUUACAAUACAUUCAGGGCAAUUUUGGUAGUGAGAAAGAGUAGAAUUAGAUUUCUUUUCACAGUUCAGAUGUCACACACACAAUGGAACAGUAUACCAUUCUUGGAAACAUCGGAGAAGGAGCACAUGGCAUUGUUUUCAAAGCUAAAUAUAAGCAGAAUGGUCAAACUGUUGCAUUGAAGAAAGUCAGAUUAAAAAAACUGGAAGAUGGAAUCCCAAGCACAGCCAUCAGAGAAAUCAAGGCUCUACAACAGAUAGAAGAUAAUCCCUAUGUUGUCAGACUUUUAGAUGUCUUUCCUCAUGGUGCUGGAUUUGUACUGGUUUUUGAAUAUAUGCUGUCAGAUCUGUGGGAAGUGAUUCAUGAUUCUGAGCAUCCUCUCACUGAGUCACAGCUCAAAUCCUACCUACUUAUGCUACUCAAAGGUGUUGCAUUUUGUCACAAGAACAAUAUCAUGCAUCGUGAUUUGAAACCUGCUAAUUUAUUAAUAAGUUCCACUGGACAUUUGAAAAUUGCUGAUUUUGGUCUAGCCAGAGUUUUCCAGAACAGUAAUAACUGCGAGUACAGUCACCAAGUGGCUACAAGGUGGUACAGAGCUCCAGAACUUUUGUAUGGAGCUAGGAAGUAUGAUGAAGGUGUUGAUUUAUGGGCUGUAGGCUGUAUUUUUGGAGAAUUAUUGAACAACUCCCCACUUUUCCCAGGUGAUAAUGAUAUUGAGCAGCUGUGUUGUGUAUUGAGAGUUUUGGGGACACCAACUGAGAAAACAUGGCCGGGGAUGUCAGAAUUACCAGAUUUUAAGAAGAUUACUUUCCCAGAAAAUCCAGCAAUUCCUAUCAAAGAAAUAGUUCCAGAUGCUUCAGCUCAUGCAUCAGAUCUACUUGGAAAGUUUCUUGUGUAUCCUUCAAAAGAGAGGAUAGCAGCCAAAAAGGCUUUACUUCAUCCAUACUUUUUCAGUGUUCCUCUUCCGUGCCAUCAUUCAGAUUUACCAGUGCCUUACAGAGGUUGGCAGAUGAGACGCAGACAACAAACACAUGACUACAAUCCAGAUAUUCCUUUGGAAAAAUCUCUGCUACCUCUUGAAGCAUUAACUUUUUUUAUGAAUCAAUAAUAGACUUUUAUAGAAAUUAAUAGCAUUUAAAAUAUACAAAUCUUAUGAUUUUUGUCAAAUUUAUACUUUUCUCCAACUCUAUAUCAGUUUUCACAUUUUUCAUUACAAAAAAAGGGGGAAAGCAGCUACAUUGGAUGAAUGAUAGUUUAUUGUGGAUGAAACAUUGUAUUGAUUGACUGAUGUAGAGCCAUUGGAAUAUAAUCACCAAACUUCAAGGUGAUUAUAUUCCAAUGUGUUAGGUUGCUAUAAAAAAAAAAUAUUUAAUAUUCCAAGAAGCCUUUAAUGAAAACUCAGCUUUCCAGUGAAGAGCUUUAUCCAAAACAUUAGAUAUUUCUUCUCAUGGCCUAACUUUUCCUUCUAUUUAUAACGUUAAGCUUCAUAGAUGAGAUAAGGAUAAUUACAAAGAGAUUGUUGUGGAGACCAACACAAGUAUAUCACAAAUAGAUUAUGAUGAGGAUCAAAACAAAGUGUUUACUCUUUUACCAGAAAUGAUACAUAAAUUCUGAUUCUUAAGUUGAGAUAGACACCCAUCCACUUGA